CUAUCCCAUCAAGUCAUGAUUCGCCCGACCCCCCAUUUCCUCACUCACCCUCCCCUCACUCCCUCUCUUCUCCCCACUCUCAAACCGCACAACUUCCCUCCUCCCUCCUCUCCCAAGCCCUCCCUUUCCGCCCCCGAAUCCCCCACUCACAGUCCUGUCCCGACCUUCCUCCAUUCUCCUUCUCGCUCUCCCCAGCGACUCCCUCCCAAUUCCUGUGGAAAGUGUGGGAUGCAGAGGGGGCAUGUGACAGUGGCGAUUUUCAGGGGGACCUAUAUGGGCUGGUGACGCCUGAUGCUGAGGACUUGCACGAGUCUUGGCCUGCUGCUGCUGCUGCUGCUGCUGGGGUUAGUGAGGCGUUGACCGAAUCUAUGCCUGCUGCUGCUGGGGUUAGUGAGGCGUUGACCAAAUCUAUGCCCCCUGUUGCUGGGGUUAGUGAGGAGCGAGGAGGGGCAGGGGCUGGCGAGUCCGCUGGGGAGGCCAAGGGAGCUCCCAUGCUGCUCGCGCCUCGCCACGUGGCAGCAGAAGAUUGGUCGUGGAUGUACCGGCUUGUGAGAGCAUAG